GCUUGGUGCGUAGGGAGGCGGGAGAAGCAGCGCAGUUCUGCCUGAGGCUCCCGUGGGCGAGUGGGGUGCUGGGGGUACCUCACCUGGGAGGAGCUCUGGCGGGAGGAGCUCUGGCGGAGCUCAGCGCUUCCCCCGUCCUGCCCCGCUGUUCCCACCGUUCGCCGGCAGGGCCAUCUCGCUCCGAGCGCUGUCGGCCCCGGUCGAUCCCGUGCGGGCCCAGCUCGGCCUCCUGGUGCGAUGAAGGCCGAAGAGCUGAUGGUGCUGUUCAGGGACGACUCGGUGGAGGUGCAUUACGCGGAGGGGUCCCGCCUGCUGCUGUCUCCGUGCGGCUGCGAGUACCUGUACGAAGGGGCGCUCCGCGCCGCCGCCAACCCGCUCCAGCCGGCGGAGACCACCCGCCAGCGGGUCGCCUUCGUCGUCAGUGCCUACAGGGAACAACUUCUACGAGCUGUAGAUUUCCGGAACAAGUUUUCUUCUCCCCCGUAAUUACCUUCUCGCGUUAUACCUCCAGAGAGAAAAAAGAUUCUUUUCAGUGAUAUCUUAGAAAUUAGAUGGCCUGACCCUGCAACAGCUGGUCUGACAAGAUGUACAGACAAUGGCAGUGUGAAGAUCUCAUCUGUAGAUGGCUAUGCUCACCUUUACCUGUCAGAACUGCAGCAAGAAUUUACAGUGGAGUUCUUAUGCAAAGUCAGCCAGUCAUCUGCAGCAUCCUUACGCUCCUCUCAAAAGUACAGCGACUAUCAAAAUAACUCUGUUACAGAAAUGUUGUUGAAACAAACAAGAAUAGUGAAUAAGAAAAAUGAACAUGGUUGUGCUGAAGGUAAAUAUAGAGAACCAACCAAACCAAAGGACCGAGGAGACAGAGAUGGAGACCCACUGUGCUACACCAGUUGUUCUUCUGAAUACACAUGGGUUACACAGUGUUGGUCUGUUUCCUCCUGUCCCGAAGAAUGGAAAUAUUCUUUGUCUUUGGUGAUGUGCUGUAACUUACAUACUGUUAAGAACAUAAUGAAGCCAUGUGGGAAAAAUAACCAUACACCUAUCAAGGCUGAUGUUGUAACAGACCCUGAAACACACGAAACAGUUUCUUGUUUACCUACAGCUUUGCCCCUCAGCUGCAAAGCCCCACAUUUACACAGGUAGACUUUCCGUGACUUCUUUCAGAAUGAAGACACUGAAAACUAUUCAUGCCCUCAGCUAAUUCAAGUUGUAUGGUGCCAGGGUGUUUUUUGUAGAUUUAUCCAUGGUAGGACAAACAUCACAGAAAUUUAUCCUGGUGAUGACUCAUUUUUCAAGUCAGAGGGAGCAUUUUUUGGAAAAUAUUUCAUACAUUAUGCAGUCCAAAAAGGAACGAAAAAAGUGGAAGAAAAAAUGUAUUCAGUGAACAGUCUUCCUCCUGAUGUACCAGGCAACCAAGUAACUUUACCUUUAAUACUUCAUUAUUGCUGCAAGACAAAACUGUUAUUAAGUCAUAACUAUCAUCUCUGCUGCUGGAAAGUGGUACCUGAGACAGAUGGAUGAGAAAUGUUGCUAGUUUUGCUGUAUGAAAAGAUUAUUCCCAACAUGGGAAGACUCGUUGUGUACUCGGAUCAUAAAGUCCAUGCUGCUUUUUGGGAUGGGUUGACCCUGAAUGUGGUUUGGGAUUUCAGCUCCUCCUCUAGUGAGAUCCAGGUAAAUGAAGAUAUAGGCUGGCGUAAGUUAACUACUCCUGAUGGGGUACAGCAGUUAAUACAAAUAAGUCAUCCUGGAGUCUAUGAAAGGUACAUCAGAACAGCAAUAGAAUGGUGCAGAAGUUUGAGUGAAAGGAAAGAGAUUGCUGAAUAUACUGCGCACUCUGUAACUGAAGAAAACUGGUCUGCUGAUGCUGAGCUCAAAAAAAUACAGAGAUUUAAUUUUUUAUUAGACAGUAGCAAUGUUCCGGAGAGGAAGAAUGCUGCAAAAUCCAAUCCGUCUGGUAUCGCUGUCAGAAAAAAUGAAAGCAGGAGUGAAUCGAAAGAACUCAGUGUCAGGUGUCUCUUGAAAGCUUUGGAGAAAACUUCUAAAGUCAUUCAGGAUAUUGAACCUCUGCUUGCAGCUUCUGGGAAGUGAAGCUUCAUAGCAGAUGAAGACCUGUGUUCCGUGUCCUCGUAGGAGCUGUCCCAGCUGUGUCUGAGGGAGCUCUGAGGGGCGACAGGAAGGCUGAAGUCGCCAUUGUAACACCCGUGAAGUCUGUGAGCUGCCACUGUAAUGUCAGUAACAGUGCCAGUGGUACAUUUGGUACAAAGAGAACAGGUGAAAUAGUAGAGCACAGCUGUAUAAAUACAUCAAGGCUGACCUGACCUCGCUACUUUUAAAUGUAUGAAGUCGUGUUUGAAUCAAUUGAUUUUAUAGAACAACUUAGUGAACUGCUGAACUGACUAGAGUAGGGAUAGGCAGUUUUAAUUGUAAAAACGUGCUUUUAUUCAGAAGCUUGCCCAGUCCAAUAAAAUGUUUCCCAAAUGCUUUA